AUGGCACCGAUUCUUGUUGCCACUGCCCCUGCCCAGCAGCAGCAGCAGCAGCAACAGGUGGAAGGUGGGCCGAGACCCUUUCAGCGAACUUGGGACCAAAAGUGUCCAAUAUCCGAUAUCAUGACGACCGAUGUGUCGCCAAUGUUGGCCUGGCGGAAAAUCAAUCCGGUCAUAGUUCCGGUCACGUCCCCGGCCCCGGCCCCGGUAGGGGGCUCACUAUUACAGGCACCUCAGAGUCCUGACUUGUCGGCGCCUGGGCCCUCGAAAAUUCCUGGGCCGUCGACGAUGCCUGAGCCCUCGGGGACGAAAGCUACUCCCGGAUGGCCCAACCAAGAGGCGUGCGCAGCAUUUGAGCACGCCUCAAAGCAGUGCACAAUCCUUGAUCUCGGCGCCGAAACAACGUGCGGCUUUAGUCUUGGCUCCAGCUGCAGCUCCAGCUCCAGCCUCGGCUGCGACUCCUGCUCCUGCGGCUGCCCAAGUCACCGCACAACCAGCGGUCGUGGCAGUCGUCAACCAGACGUCGAAGACGAAGAAGGAGAACGAGAAGGCAAGUACGGGCCUAACGGAAAGAUGCUUGCCGAAAAGACGUGGAAGGAGCACAAACGUGCCGAAACGACCGCCAGAGAAGGGACGGUGCAGGAUCCCAAGUGCGGAAAAUGCGAGAACGGAGGAUACAUAUGUGUUCGGAAGGAAACUGGCCCCUGCAACAUCUGCAUGCGUAUGUCGGACGUGUGUUCCUUCACGGGUCAGUCCAAUAGAAAGAGGGAGGUCUUUAGGCGGGGGCGCAUGAAGGUAAAGUCGAAGAAAGGGGCGACUACUGUCACUGAUCCUCCUGCUGAUCCCGCUAUUCAACAGGCGAAACAGAAGCGAGGGCAAGAGCCGUCCGCCCAAGACGGGAAAGAUGACGACCAACUUCCUGACCUUCCUGUGAGUUUCGGGCAGCAGGCGGGUCAACCUAUCGUCAAAGACGAAGUUGAAGGUGUGGGCGAGAGUGGCAGCCAUGCGAGCGGGAGCUCAGGGUUGGGCUUGAGAAGCCGCACCCUCAGUACCUCGCUUCCCCCUGUGGUUCGGAAGAGGUCAGACGAAGUCGAGGAAGAUGCGGGCGAGGACUCUGGCCCGAGGGCGAAAAGACGUCGUAUUGCCGUCAACAAGACCGAUUGA